AUGGUCGGCGCCGGCGUCCUCGGCCUCCCCUUCGCCAUGUCUGAGCUCGGCUGGUAACUCCUCUCUCUCCUCUCUCUCUCUCUCUCUCUAUAUAGAUAUAUAUAUACAUAUAUAUAUGUACAUGUAUAGAUAUGUGCCAAUAAUUCUCUCUCUACACCACUCCCCAUACGUGACUGUCUCUCUCUCUUUCUCUUCUUUCUCUCUUCGUUGCGGAACCUUAAUCUUCUGGCUUCGCAGGGGGCCUGGAGUGGCGGUCCUGAUCAUCUCCUGGGUCGUCACCCUGUACACCCUCUGGCAGAUGGUGGAGAUGCACGAGAUGGUCCCCGGCAAGCGCUUCGACCGCUACCACGAGCUCGGCCAGCACGCCUUCGGCGAGAAGCUCGGCCUCUGGAUCGUCGUCCCGCAGCAGCUCGUUGUCGAAGUCGGCGUCUGCAUCGUCUACAUGGUCACCGGCGGCAAAUCCCUCAAGAAAUUCCACGACACCGUCUGCCCCGACUGCAAGAGCAUCAAGACCACCUACUUCAUCAUGAUCUUCGCCUCCAUCCAUUACAUUCUCUCUCAGCUCCCCAACUUCAACUCCAUCUCCGGCGUCUCCCUCGCCGCCGCGGUCAUGUCCCUGAGCUACUCCACGAUCGCCUGGGGGGCCUCCGUGGACAAGGGCAAGCAGGAGGAUGUCGACUAUGGCUAUAAAGCGAGCAGCACGGCGGGGACUGUGUUCAACUUCUUCGGCGCGCUGGGGGAGGUGGCCUUCGCUUAUGCGGGGCACAACGUGGUGCUGGAGAUUCAGGCGACGAUUCCAUCGACGCCGGAGAGGCCGUCGAAGAAGCCAAUGUGGAGGGGGGUGAUCGUCGCGUACAUUGUGGUGGCGCUUUGCUACUUCCCCGUGGCGCUGGUCGGGUACUGGGCCUUCGGGAACGCCGUUGAAGAUAACAUCCUCAUCUCCCUCGCCAAGCCCCGUUGGCUCAUCGCCGCCGCCAACAUGAUGGUCGUCGUCCACGUUAUCGGCAGCUACCAGGUCUCUCUCUCUCACUCUCUCUCGCUAGUUUUCUAUCUCUCUGUAUCUUUCCAUCUUUCUCUUUCUCUCUGUUACCUUCUCUUCUUUUCGAUUCCGUGCGAGUGAACUGCAGAUAUACGCCAUGCCUGUGUUCGACAUGAUAGAGACGGUGCUGGUGAAGCAGCUCCACUUCCGGCCCAGCCUCAAGCUCCGGCUCAUCUCCCGCACCGCCUACGUUUGUAAGCUUCCCCACCGUCCCUGCGUCUCUCUCUAUCUCUGGGUAGUUAUCUAGAUGGUCGCUGAGGCUGUCUGUCUCUCUCAACUGUCUUGUCGCAGCGUUCACCACGUUGAUUGCCGUAACCUUUCCCUUCUUCGGCGGUCUCCUCUCCUUCUUCGGCGGGUUCGCCUUUGCCCCCACCACCUACUUCGUAAGCGUCUCCACACCAUCUCUCUCUCUCUCUCUCCCCUCUCCAUUAAUGAGCCCCUUCCUUGCUUGCAUCCGCAGCUCCCCUGCAUCAUGUGGCUGGCGAUCUACAAGCCGAGGCGGUGGAGCAUCUCAUGGAUCACCAACUGGGUAGGCCUCCCUGCCCUCCCUAUCUCUCUCUAUCUCUCUCUCUCUUUCUCUUUCUCCCUCUGAUCUGGUUUGCUUUGGGUGGUGAUCAGAUAUGCAUCAUACUGGGGGUUCUGCUGAUGAUCUUGGCGCCCAUAGGGGGGCUCAGGCUCAUCAUCCUUCAGGCGAAGACCUACAAAUUCUACUCGUGA